AUGAGACCAUUGAUCUUUGAACGGUCUUUCCGACCUUUUCGACGUUUUGCUACGGCAGCCGUAGCAUCAGCCAAAAAACCAACUCGUACAGGACCAAACAUAGUGCUUGUGGAUGCUGUCAGGACGCCGUUCGUUGUGUCCGGAACGGUGUUUAGGGACCUUUGGGCAGUGGACUUACAGAGAGAAGCCUUUAAAGCGCUAGCUGCUCGCACACAGAUUCCAUACAAGGAUGUCGACCAUAUCAUAUGCGGUACUGUCAUCCAGGAAUGCAAAACCAGUAAUGUUGCGAGAGAAGCUGCUCUUGAAGCAGGCUUUCCAGACAAACUUCCAGCUCAUACUGUAACCCUAGCAUGUAUUUCUGCGAAUGUAGCGAUAACGACUGGAAUGGGAAUGCUGGCCACUGGAAAUGCCAAAGCGGUCAUUGCUGGUGGUGUGGAACUCCUUUCUGAUGUACCAAUCAGGUACAAUAGAAAAGCACGUAAAGCCAUGUUAAACUUGCAGAAAGCUAAGACAGUUGGGGAUAAGUUGAAACUUGGAGGAGACAUACUGAAGAACAUGUUUGCUCCUGAAUUACCAGCUGUUGCUGAAUUUUCCACUGGAGAAACUAUGGGGCAUAGUGGUGACCGACUUGCAGCUGCAUUCAAUGUUUCUAGGAAGGAACAGGACGAUUUCGCACUUCGAUCUCACACGCUUGCGAAAGCAGCUGCUGAUGCGGGGAAGUUGAGAGACAUUAUUCCUGUGUUUUUAGAUGGAAAGGAACCCCAAACCGUUAAGAUUGAUAACGGUGUUCGAGUUUCCACACCAGAAAAGAUGGCAUCACUGAAGCCUGCAUUUGUGAAACCGCACGGAACGAUAACUGCAGCCAACGCUUCCUACCUUACUGACGGUGCAUCGGCUUGUCUUAUUAUGACCGAAGAUUUUGCUUUGGCUAAUGGAUAUAAGCCAAUUGCCUAUCUAAGAGAAUAUCAAUAUGUUGCUCAGGAUCCUAAAGACCAGCUGCUUCUUUCUCCUGCUUACGUCAUUCCGAAACUUUUAGAUAAGGCCGGUCUUGGAUUAAACGAUAUAAGUGUCUUCGAAAUCCAUGAGGCUUUUGCCGGACAGGUCUUGGCGAACCUAAAUGCUAUGGAUUCCGAUUAUUUCUGCAAGGAACAUAUGGGUCGUUCAAGUAAAUUUGGACGUUUGCCAAUGGAGAAAAUCAACAAGUGGGGUGGAUCUUUAUCCAUUGGUCAUCCUUUUGGGGCUACGGGGGUAAGACUUGUGGCGCAUGCGGCUGGCAGACUAAAGGAAGAGAAAGGACAGUAUGCUCUUAUAGCCGCCUGUGCUGCAGGUGGUCAUGGAGUGGGGAUGCUGGUGGAGGCGUACAAGUAG